CAGCCAGCGAGCCAGCCAGCAAGCAAGCCAGCCAGAGGAGAGCCUGGAAGCGAGAGCGCAAGAGACAGAGCGCACACGCACACCCCGGCGCGCACUCGCACACAGCCCCACGCGGGGAGAGCUUUGGAGUCAUCGGGUUCCCUGGACGAGAUGCUGCUGCUGGUGAGGUGUCUGCUGCUGGCUCUGCUCUCCUCGCUGCUCGUGGGCUCGGCACUGGCGUGCGGACCGGGCAGGGGAUUUGGAAAGAGACGGCAUCCCAAAAAGCUGACCCCUUUAGCCUACAAGCAGUUUAUCCCCAACGUGGCCGAGAAGACCCUAGGGGCCAGCGGAAGAUAUGAAGGGAAGAUCUCAAGAAACUCUGAGCGAUUUAAGGAACUCACCCCCAAUUACAACCCCGACAUCAUAUUUAAGGAUGAGGAGAACACGGGAGCAGACAGGCUAAUGACUCAGAGGUGCAAGGACAAACUCAACGCUCUGGCCAUCUCAGUGAUGAAUCAGUGGCCAGGAGUGAAGCUCCGGGUGACAGAGGGCUGGGACGAGGAUGGUCACCAUUCCGAGGAGUCACUGCACUACGAGGGUCGUGCUGUGGACAUCACCACGUCCGACCGUGACCGCAGCAAGUACGGCAUGCUGGCCCGCCUGGCUGUGGAAGCUGGCUUCGACUGGGUCUACUAUGAGUCCAAAGCGCAUAUCCACUGCUCCGUGAAAGCAGAGAACUCAGUGGCGGCCAAAUCGGGCGGCUGCUUCCCGGGCUCCGCCUCUGUGCACCUGGAGCAGGGUGGCACCAAGCUGGUGAAGGAUCUGAGUCCUGGGGACCGCGUGCUGGCGGCUGACGACCAGGGCCGGCUGCUGUACAGCGACUUCCUCACUUUCCUGGAUCGCGACGACAGCGCCAAAAAGGUCUUUUACGUGAUCGAGACGCUGGAGCCCCGCGAGCGGCUGCUGCUCACCGCCGCGCACCUGCUCUUUGUCGCGCCGCACAACGACUCGGCCGCGGCGGGGGAGCCCCAGGUGCCGUCGGGCGCGGGGCGUCCGCCGCCGGAGGGCGCGCCAGAACGCAGGGCGCUCUUCGCCAGUCGGGUGCGCCCUGGCCAGCGCGUGUACGUGAUGGUCGAACGUGACGGGGACCGCCGACUGCUGCCAGCCUCCGUGCGCAGUGUGACGCUCCACGAGGAGGCCACGGGAGCUUACGCGCCGCUCACAGCCCAGGGCACCAUCCUCAUCAACCGGGUGCUGGCCUCGUGCUACGCUGUCAUCGAGGAGCACAGCUGGGCACACUGGGCCUUCGCGCCCUUCCGCCUGGCGCACGCGCUGCUGGCCGCUCUGGCGCCCACGCGCACAGACCGCACCGGAGAUGGCGACGGCGGGGGCGGCGGCUCCAUGCCCGUGCCUGCCCCGGGUGCGGGCGACGCCCCGGGCGCCACGGCCCCGGCGGGCAUCCAUUGGUACUCGCAGCUGCUCUACCAAAUAGGCACCUGGCUGUUGGACAGCGAGGCGCUGCACCCCCUCGGCAUGGCGGUCACGUCCAGCUGAAGCCCAGGGGCGCGGGCGGGGAGGGAGGUGGGAGG